GUCGCUGCUGGCCACAGAAACCAGAGUUGGCGCUGCCGUGCAGCAUAUUCAACACUUCACUCCGCUUCGAGCAGCCUCGCGACAACCAGUUGAAAUUUUUCGUUAGGAACAGAAUCCAACAAUCAAACACACACACACACACUAAAUCAAAUCACAAAAAAAAAAUAGAAAAAAAAAGAAAUUAAUUCAAAUCUUAACGUAAAGUUAAUUAACAUAAUUAAUUGAAUUAUUUCAAAAGAAUUACUUUUUUACCCGCACAAAACCAACACAACAUUUCCCAAGUCGACUUUUCCAGUGUGCAAUUUGAGUUUAACGGUUAAUCUCGCAGUGAAUUGAAUCUAACGCUAGGACACGCACACAGGACGAGCGUAUUCCCAACUGGCUACCAAUUGAGCAGUUGUGAGAAAUGGAUGCGCUACGCUUGCGUGGUUCGCCAUUUGUACGCUUCGGCGGUGGCGCUGGCCAUGGGCCAGGACUUCCACAUCCACAUCCGCAUCCACAGGUGCAUGCCGUACACAGCGUUCAGCAGGAGCCGCUUAUUGUUGUCGAGGAAUCAAAUUUGCCCGAAGAACUGGAGCCGGAGAGCUCAGAGACAUUCUCGAAUCGUGCCAGUCUGGACAUCGACUCGCCCGUGAAUCCGUAUUUGCUAUCGCCAUGGCGUGAUCCGCGCGAGGCCCGCAAGCAUUCUCUGCCCUCACAACAGGUCACCGACGGCAUCACCGCCAGUCAGGUGCGUCGUCUCUCCGAGCGCGGCGGCGAGGGCUCCGGCCCAUCGCCCAAAGAGGCCGCAUUUUUGGCAACACUCUCACAGGCCCCAGCUCCAUCUGGCCGUCGGCACUCGGUCGUCACCAUCUCCAAGGUGCCCACCACACUUUUUGGACGCUCUCGGCGUGAAUCUGUCGCCGCAUAUUCGUCAACCAAUGGCAGCAGCCGUGUAUUGAACUCGCGUCGGGAGAGCAACACAGGACCUCCAUCGACAGAUCCGAUUGGGAGCAUACACAAUUUGCAGCUGGACAUUAUGGAUGACAUUUAUUUGCAGUCGCGCAAGGCUCGCUUGAAGCUUUGGACAUCGAGCAACGAGAAAGUUUGCGAGGUGCAGACGGUCGAUGAGGUGGGCGCUGGGGCACCAGGCAGACGAUAUACCAAUCGACGGUAUUCAGAGUGCCCCCAGCCGGGCGUAGGUGGCAUUGGCACCUUGCGUCGUGGCUCGGAGCAUCCGCAGCCGCAGCCGCCGAGUGUCUCGCCGCAGCCGCCAUCGGCACGUGCAUCGAUGCGACGCAAGAAGUCCGGCAGCGGCCUCGGUUUGCUGGGCAGCCGGACGGAUAUAGCCAGCAUAUUUGGCUCGAUAACCGGUUCGGGCAGCGGCUCGAUCAUUGAUACGUACAGACCAGAUCCGGAUGGCGGUUCGUCUAGCUCGUCGGGGGCAACUGGGAACAGUGCUACCAGUCCCUUCUUGAGCAAUACGUUCCAACAGGCAGCUCGCGGUCGCACUACCAGCGCGACACCCACACCCAGUGGCGCGCAGUCAUCGGGCCUGCUGCUGGAUCCGAACGCAGGCCGCUCGACACGCUCCAACAGCUUUGACGUAUCCAUUUUGAACAAUGCCAAGCAGCUAGUGACCGAGGCACAGGACAACAGCUCGGCAGCCAUAUCGGGCUGGUUUGGCAAACGGCAGACGCCACUCACGCGUAAGAAGAGCAUGCGCAGCAAGAGUAGUGCCGUUGCUCUGUCAAAGGAUAUGCUGGAGCGGCUGCAGAAGAAGGAUCCGCUUGCCGGCGACUCUGGCAAGCCGAAGUUAAAGCCACGCAGCAAGCAGAAGAAGAGCUGGGCAGAUGCCACCAAGGCGAACAUUGUGGAUGCCACCAUGUUGGGCUCGGCCAUCGAGGGAUUUCUGCGUAAGAGCUCCAAUGCCAGCAUGAGUGGUGCAACCAGUGCCGCCGGCGCUUCAACAUCCACUUCUGGCAGUCGUUCAGGCAACGCCAGUGGCAGCGGCAAGGGGGCUAUACCCAAGGACUCGGGCGCCAGCAGCAGCAGUGCCAGCUCUGGAGGGGCACGACGCACUCGUCAGUCUGCUGCGAGCUCUGCUCAGUCGCAGGCCGGACGCGCCAUGCGCUCCACGCUCAACUGGUUUAGCAAGGGCGACGAGGAUGAUUCCAAAGAUACGUGCGAUGCCUCUCUGUGCGCCACCCUUAAGGAUCUCUUUGUCAAAUAGAUCGGGGGUACGAGACGCAAGUAAACGGGCAGCGACGACGAUUAGAAUUGGGCAUGGGAGGCAGGCAGAGGCGAUCAGAAGAAUAGAAGUGGGCUACUUGCAUCUCUAAUACCACUAAAACAAUAAAACGAAAUCAUAAGCACAGGAAACACAUGAAAAACAAAACUAAACAAACGAAAUAAAAGGAAAAACGUACAACAAUAGUAAUUUGAAACAAUAAAGGUAAUAGUAACGGUAAAUAGUAACGGUAAAUAGUAAUGGUAAAUAGUAAUGGUAAAUAGUAACGGUAAAUAGUAACGGUAAAUAGUAACGGUGACUGGUAGUAGUAACGAUAGUUGGUAGCAAUACCAGAGAAACGAUAACGAUAACGAUUACAAUAUUAAGGCAACAUUGCAGGUGAGUUUUGUGAUUAUCGAAGGGCAGGGAAAAGGUAGCGAAGGCAAACCGAAUGACAAAUUACCUACAAAUAGUGACCUAAAGACAUACAAACAUAUAAAACGUACAUAUUUCGAAAACAAUAUAUUUACAUAUGACCUUUGGACAGAAUACAUAUAAACAUACAAACAUAUUUCGAUAACUAUUUAAAUAUAUACAUAUACAAAGCGUAUCUACAUUUUUAUCCGUCAUAAACCAAAGAAAUAAUAAAAAAAAAUUAAAUUUAAUACAAAUUGAAGAUGAAGGGCAGAUGAAGAGACAGUAUUGAGAAAUGGAAAAAAGGAAAAAACCCAAAUCAAACCAGUUUUUUUAGGUGUGGAAUCAUUUUUGAGAACAUCAGCCAAUAUGCAUGUGUCAACUAACUAUAAAUAAAGUAAAUGGCUAUAAAUAAACAAUUUUUUUUGUAUACAAUAAUAAAUAAAGUAUUAAGAAUAUACGAAGCAAAUGUUCCCAACUGCUUCUAAUUAUGUAAUGUACAAAUUGAGUUGCCCAUAUCAAACUAUACAAGAUCCGAUACAUAUAUACGCAACUGGGAAUGAAUACAUAUGAAGUAAGGCACGAACACAAUCGAAUAUGGUGGGUUGAGGUAAAAGAAAAUAUUAAUCUAUUAUAUCAUGGUUAUAAAUGUUAUAUAAAUGUGCAGUUAACUUUGUAAAGCAUCUCCAAUUGGGGAUCAAUUAAGAUUUUAGUUGUAGUUUUUUUUUUCUGCGCCCAUAAUUGGUGCAACUCGUCAAUGCAGAAUCUUUGAUCCAUGCAAGGAGAUAUUAGGAGACGGUUUUAAGGUUCCAUAAUAUGUAAUAAUAUUAAUAAUAAUAUUAAUAAUAAUAAUACUAAUACUUAUAAUAUAAAGCUUCUUGUAAGGUAUUCAACACUAUUGAAAAUGCCACCCGGGCGUUUUGCGAGCAAUGUUGUAAGUGCAACAAUAACUUUAACUAAUCUGCAUGUACUUACAAAUUGAUUUAAGUGGUAACUACAUAUGUGCAAUUUGAGCUUAAAAAAAACUGAAUGCUAAUUAACAUCUAAUUAUAAUAAUAAUAAUGCAACUAUGUUAUAUAUUGAUGUUCAAAUUAUUUUCGUACAUGUACUAAAUGUACAUGCGUGCAAACUUUUAUGUGUAUGUUUAUGUGUGUGACGCAAAACACAAACACAAACUCAAACUUGAGUUCAACUUCGUAAUGACAGCAAAUUGCGUGAAAAACUUUGCUAAUUGAAUUGUGCGGAAUGUGGCAGGAAAAUAAAAACGGAAAAAUAAAUUUGAGAGCUUUAAAAAAAAGUAAAAUGGCAAUUCGGCAGCAAAGAUUCAGCAAUCAGUCAAUAUUGCAAUCAAUCAAGUAUGCUUCAAUCAAGUAUUCUAA